GCGAUGGAGUAUUUAACUAACUCUCUUCUCUUCUUCUAUAUCUGUAUGUAUAGCUUCAGUAUUUCAGAGAAAAGGAGAUGACUUUGGGACUGAUAAAUGCAAAUCCAGUGGUUCACGCCAAAAAGGAGAGGAUCGCUCGCCCUGAAGAUCAUCACGCCGUUGAUGCUCUCGACAUUUAUGAUUUCGUGAGGGAUAUAAGAGAUCCAGAGCAUCCGUAUUCAUUAGAGCAGCUGAGUGUACUCUCCGAAGAGUCCAUUACUGUUGACGAGAAGCUUGGACGCAUUCUGAUUACUUUCACCCCAACCAUCCAGCACUGUAGCAUGGCAACUGUGAUUGGCCUUUGUUUGAGAGAGAAGUUGAAGAAUUGCUUCUCUCCUCAUUUCAAGGGUCUAUUGGAAACAACCUCUCUUUCCUCACAAGGUAGGGGUAAAGUCUGCGUACGCACUACCCUCCCCCAGACCCUACGGUGUGUGAUAAUACUGGGUUGAUAUAAAAGUGGCUCCUGGAUCUCAUGCGGAUGAAGACUCAGUUAAUAAGCAGUUGAAUGAUAAAGAACGGGUUGCUGCUGCCAUGGAGAACCCAAAUCUUCGCCAGCUUGUUGAUGAGUGCCUCUAUUCGAGUGAGCUUUAAAAGAACGAUGCCUUCUAUUUUCCUAACAAAUUGUAUAGUAGGUCUACUUAGCUUUAACAAAUGCCAUCUGGACAUGAAGUCUUUAUUAGUGUAGUUCAAGCAAGUCUACUUGCAAUGUGCCUUGAGGCCGACUAAUGUAUGUAAGAUGCUUUUCAUGAUAGUAUUUAAAAAUUUGUAAUAUUUACCUAGUGACAAUGGUGCCUGUUCUUUGUCUGGGCAAAAUUUGUAGAAUAUGACAAUGCAUCGGCAGUUAUGUACGAUAUACUCAAAGGUGAAGCCAGAAUUUGAAGCUUA